UCGACAUCGAUUGAACCUCGUCAGUUUUCGACUGCGCUGUCGCGGCUUUUCAGGAUCAACAUGAGUUCCCAGUCGAAAACCACCAGGUCCGUCGCGAAGCAGGGUGUGUCAACUGAUCAAACCACUGGAAGAGAUGUCGGACCGUGCAUCGCCGGGUCCCACCCAGGGUGUAGAUACGCUCCAUACGCCCCAGAUGGAAGUCAGAACAACAAUGACUCGGAAGGGGAUGGGGCGUACAUCGCCGGGUCUCAUCCAGGGUGUAAAUACGCCCCAAAUGGAGGUCAGAAGAACAAUGACCCGGACGGGGAUGGGGCGUACAUCGCCGGGUCGCACCCGGGGUGUAGAUACGCCCCAUACGCCCCAAAUUGAAGUCAGUAGAACAGAGACUCGGACGGGGAUGGGGCGUACAUCGCCGGGUCGCACCCGGGGUGUAGAUACGCCCCUUACAGAGAACAAGCAAACUAAAAGUGCACCUUUACAAAUCGUACUGCUAUAAUAGGGACUGUUUGACUGUGAUUAUGUUGCUACGCGACCUUCGACCACCUUACAGUAAACAAGCCCUAUUUUGAUGGCGACAUGCUGACUCCAGUGAUGAUUUCCCCUACUGUGAACACAUUUCGUCACGUAACUAUUCUUCGAUUAUUAACUAUAUACGAUUACUGAUAUUAUUUGAAACAGUACACGUGAAUUGAGCAUGAUAACUGAUAAAUAAACAAAUACUUGUACACUACAAAAUAAAAUAUCAUUCGUAAAUAAUG